GCCUGCGUUGCCAAGAAGAACCAAGCAAAGAAGGAAAGCACAAACACACACGCCAUCCCAUCACAACAGGCAACACAACAACAACACAACACAGCUCGCCCUGCUUGCUCUGACCGCCACAACAGCUAGCCAACACACAGACACAGGAGACAAAGCAACCAAACAAGCCAUGUUCAAGCUCGACAUCCCCCCUGAUCCUCGCGAGGCCGCCAAGCUGGAGGCAAAGCGCCGUCGUGCAGAGGAACGAAAGAACCGCAUCUUCAAUGCGCGCCAGCGCACCAUGGGCCUCGAUGUCGAGGCGCUGGAGCAGCAAAUCGCAGAGAAGAAGCAGCGCGAGGAAGAGGAAAAGGAACGCGAGCGCGCAAUGGAUGCGGAGAUGCUUGAGAACGCCAAGCUUGGUUUGAUGAUGGAGAAGAAGCACCAAGAGCACCUCCGAACCCGUCGUCUGGAGGAUGAGGAGUUCCACCGUACACAGCAGGCGCCGGAGACGCGCCGUGAGUUUGACCUCAACGACCCGUCCACCCUGCGCCAAAGCCGCCCGCCCACACACGACCCAGACGUCACCCUUGGCAUCUCCUCCCUCCAAGUCUUUGACGGCGAGGAUGAUGCGUGUACAGACCGCAUGCAGACGCAGCGGCAGCAGCAGCGCGAGUGGAUUGCACAGCAGCUCCAUGAGCGGCUUGCGAAAGAGGCAGCAGAGGCAGAGGAGGAGGCCGUGUUCCGGGAAGAGGAGACGUGGCAGGCGCGGUUCUCCGACGAGGUGCAGCGCAGGCAGGACAAUGCCCGCAGACAGGCCGCACGCGAGGCCGCAGAGUACAACAAGCGCAUGAUGGAGGAGAAGCAGCGGAAGAAGAAGGAGGACAAGCGCCACGAGUGGCAGCGCGACUAUGAGGAGAUUAUGCAGACCGUACAGGGCGGACUCGUCGCCGAGAAGAGGGAUGAUGCCGUCAGCCACGGGCCAAGGAAGGUUGUGCCGGACCGGUACCGCGGGAUGACAGAGGACGAGAUUGCGCAAUAUCGCGAAGAGCAAAUUCGCCAGGCCCAGGAAGAGGAGGAGAAACGCGCCCAGAUCAAGGAGGAGGAGAGGAUCCUGCAAGAGGCGGCUGUUGCAAUGUCGCGGGAGGCGCUGCUGCGGGAGCGGCAACUGGAGCGCCAGCGCAAGGAGCAGCUCAGGCGCCAGAUGGAGGAAAACGCAAUCCUCGCCGAGGAACAGAAGGAACACCGCCCCCCGGUUUAA